AUGUUUCGCCAAUACACCACCAAGCUCGCGCCGUCCGAUAAGGUCUGCCAAGACAAUGCGGCGGCGUGGCAACCUGUGCUGGAAAAAUGGGAGGAUGUGAUGCAGUGGGCGGCGGGCGAGGGGCCCAGCAAACACGUAGAGAGACAUCAUGAGCGCGGAAUGCUCUCAGCGGCGGCAAUAGUCCCCUUCCUAGAACUCAUGCCCACAGCCGGCUGCAACAUCAAGCACUCCAGUCCCAACGCCAGCGUCCUAUGCGGCGUCGGCCUCGUACACGGCCGGCUCGUCAUGAUCGCCGGCAACAUCCCCACCCUCGACAGCGGCGCCUCCAACGAAAUCUCCGUCAAAAGGGCAAGCGCGCCAGCGAAAUCGCCCUCGAGAACGGCCUCCCAUGAUCUACCUCAACCAAUCCGCCGGCGCCAACCUCCCCCAGCAGUUCCGCGUGUUCCACGCCGGCGGCGUCGGCUUCAAGGACAUCACCUUGCGCUCCGCCGCCGGCUCCCCACCUGCACCAUCGUCUUCGGCAGCAGCACCGCCGGCGGCGCCUACCAGCCCGGCAUGUCCUCGUACAGCAUCUUCGUCAAGGACCAGGCCCAGGUGUUUCUGGGCGGGCCCCCGCUCGUGUACAUGGCUACCGGCGAAGUCACCACGGCCGAGGAGCUCGGCGGCGCCGAGAUGCACACCUCGGUCAGCGGCGUGGGCGACGCGUUUGCCGGUGACGAGUUCGAGGCCUGCGCCCUGGCCCGCAACUGGGUCCUCAGCCUGCCGCAAGCCCCGACCGGCGGCGGUCCGGAGCCGGCGGCACCCAUCCUCGCGCCCAACGCAAAAGGCGACGCACUUUAUCCGCCUGUGCAACGAGGCCUCGACCCCAUCAUCUUCUUGCACAACGUCACCGGCUUCAUGGUCGGCACCAAGUCGGAGCAAAACGGCAUCAUCCGCGCCGGCUCCACCUUUAUCGACGCCGUCUCCCGCUCCACCGUCCCCCACAUCUCCAUCCUGUGCGGAGCGUCCUACGGAGCGGGCAACUACGCCAUGUGCGGCCGCGCCUACUCCCCGCGCUUCCUCUUCUCCUGGCCCAAUAGCAAGUGUUCCGUCAUGGGGCCCGAGCAGCUCGCCGGCGUCAUGGAGAUGAUUGCCCGCGAGGCCGCCUCCAAGGCCGGCCGCGCCGUCAACGAGGCGCAGAUCUCGGCUAGAACGGAGGGGCUGAAGAAUCAGGUGGAGCGCGAGAGCGACGCCUACUCGACCUCGGGCUGGGUGCUCGACGACGGCGUCAUCGACCCCGCGAUACGCCACGACUAUACCGAGGGAGGCAAAGCCGAGAAACCAUGCCACGCCCGAACAUAA